AUGGCCUCAUCUCAUCAUGUCCUUCUCAUCGGCGGCCACGGCAAGAUUGCUCAGCUGCUCACGCCCUUGCUGCUCAAAAGAUCAUGGACCGUGACCAGCAUGAUCCGUACUCAGGAGCAGGCCCCUGCCAUUGAGAAGCUCGGCAGUGGUUUGCCUGGCAAGCUCCACGUUCUGGUCAGCAGUGUGGGUGAAGUUUCUACACAAGAACGUGCCGCGGCCAUUUUAAACAACGUUAAACCUGAUUACGUCGCGUGGAGUGCCGGCGCCGGCGGCAAAGGCGGCCCCGAAAUGGCAUAUCGAGACGCGGCAGUCCAUUUCAUCCGCGCUGCCGCUGACAUUCCCUCUAUUAAACGAUUCCUCCUCGUGUCGUACGGGGGUUCUCGGCGCGCAGGGGCUUCGUGGUGGCCAGAGGGCGAGUGGGACGAGUACAACAAGAAGGUCAACUACGGCGUGCUCGCGACCUACUACAAGGCCAAGAUUGCUGCGGAUGAAGUCCUCUACGAGACGUCCAAGAAGAGUUCUACUCUUGUUGGCAUUUGCCUUCGACCAGCCACGCUUACUGACGAACCUGCUGGCAAGGUUGAGCUCGGCAAGACGGCUCAUGUAAAUGGCGAUGCUAGCAGAGCUACAGUGGCGGCCACCGCAGAUGCCUUACUCGCUGCAGACGGUGUCAAGAACACAUGGCUUGAUCUUCAGGGCGGCAGUGAAGACCUUGACGCGGCUGUAAAGAGAUGCAUCAAGGAUGGAGUUGAUACAGCCGAGGGAGAGGAAAUUUUUACUUCCAGAAUUUAA